CUAGUUAGAAGCAGAUUCAACAGAUAGAACACAGUAUAAUAUUAUAUCAAAUACAUAAAAGGAUAAUAUUGAGACAAAAUAAAGAAGAAGUGGCUCAUCUUUUUGCACAAAAAACUGCAAACUGGUCAUUCUCCCUGUCCAGUUAGAAGUACGUACAUAGAUUCAACAAUCAGAACAGUGCAUAACAGACAGUAGAUAGAAAAGGCAGAAACUUCAGUUGUACGCACGCCUUUGUUUCACGCUGCAAAAAUGCUGUCGAAGAUUUGCUUCGUACUUUUUUUGGUACUUCCUGCCAGUUUCGCUGAGGUCAAGUGUCCCAACAUCAUCAGCAGAAAUGAGUGGACCUCCGUUCCCGCUGGAGACGUGAACUAUUUAAUAAUCCCUAUACUUUACGUAAUAAUACAGCACACAGCCACUCUCGAGUGUAAUUCGCGCCAGACCUGUGCAACCAGUGUCGACAACAUCCGCAGUUAUCAUAUGGACCAACUUGGCUGGGAUGAUAUCGGUUAUUCAUUCUUAAUCGGUGGCGAUGGAAACGUAUACGAGGGAGUCGGGUGGACACACGAAGGGGCGCAUACAUACGGAUAUAAUAAAAAGUCUGUCGGUAUUAGUUUCAUUGGAAAUUUCGACAAAAAACAGGCCAGUCAGAAAAUGUUAAAUGCCGCGCAUCAAUUAAUUGAAUGUGGCAAAUCCCAAGGUAUUCUUCGAAGUAACGUACGUGUGCUUGGUGCGCGACAAGUACAGCAAACAGUGAGUCCUGGGUAUCAACUCUACACGCAGAUUCAAGAGUGGCCUGAAUGGGUUAGCAAUCCUUAGAUAAGCGACUGACGACAAGUGCGAUGCUAAAGGUUAUCGCUUUUAUAAGAUCCAAUUUAAAUAACUAUCGUAUAUUACGGAGAAAAUAUUUGCUCCUAUAAUUUUUAAACUGACAUAAAAUGUAAACAUAGAAUAGAAUAUUUCUUCUUCUAUAUAUAAGUAUAAGAAAUCUUGAACCUUUUUUAAUAAGGUUUUUGGAGAAAGUUUUUUUUUAUCACAAUGCUUAUUGCUGUUUAUUUUAAUCCGCAUCUUUUAAUUCGAAAUCUUAAUCUCGUUCGAUAAAGUUAUAUAGAACAGGCCACAGAGCCGUUCUUCAAAUAACAUCACUAUUCUGCGAUAUAUUUUCGCAAAUCGUUAAUCGGCAAGAUUUAAAAAAAAUAUAACUAAUAUAAGACCGUAAGAGAAAUAUACGUCAAUAUUCGAGGUAA